AUGGGAGCAUUCAAUGAUGAAGGCUGGCAAGAACUCCAACUGCCAUCGCGACGACAAUGUCCCAAACUCUUCUACUCGCUCUCAACAGAAAGUGACUCAAUCACACUCCUACUCACCGACCUCAUCUGCAUUUGGGAAUGCUCAUUGGACCGGUACGACAUCGUAGCCGAAGCGUCAUGCCAGCAUACGAGCAUCGACCCGUCCGCCUCGUCUGACCAAUUCGACGUCUUACUAUCGAAGAUCGGUAAGAGCCUGAAAGAUGGCCAAAACGUGCUAGUCAGAACCAACGAGCGUGAUGGGUACGUCCUGCGCUUAAAGACCUCCGUCGACCUACCCAAGCCACUGAGGCCAUUGGAAUGGACCUUCAAGCUCACCCCCCAGCCCUCGUCCGAACUGGCAGAACGCAUCCUCCGUCCCAGCCUACACGAAGUUGCCGUGUCUCAAGAAAAGAUCUCGACUCUUCUACGAAUCAUUCGGGAAAAGGACCAUGUCAUCUCGCGUCUUCUCGAUAGAAUCGGCAGUUCCGCUGUUGACCUGAGCCUGAUCUUCCCCGGAAUCACGGGCGUGGCCUCUCGUAAAGGAGGGCACAUCUCUGUGACAGAGGCGAAGAAGCAUGUUCCUGGGAUGGCGAGCUUUGAUGAGAAAUCUUGGACGAAGCAAUUCGCCAAUGAUGAUGGCUAUGAGGGCGCUGAUCGCACCGGUUUGGGCAAUCUGGUCCGCGGGUGUGAAAAAUGCUUCGUGCACACGAGAGCUCAGCAUGAAGAUUGGAUCGCCGGACUUCCCUCAAUGGACAAAUUGAAUGGGGAUGGGGACAAGAACCGUCAGUUUAGUCCUCCAACUCGCAAGGCUGCUCCGCGCCAGCAUAAGUCUGAUGACGAGUCAACGGCUUCUGGAAGUGAUGAUGAUUUCGAGCGACAACCAACGCCACAUAGGUUGAAGUCAAAGGCGCCCGAAACAAGCAAACCUGCCAAGGCAGCGAGUGUGGAUGACGGAGAUGCAGAAGAGGAAACGGUUCCUUCGAAGGAAGCACUAAAGUCGGCGCCCGAGAUUGGCGGCCUGGGUCGACGCAAUGCAACCAAAGCAUUUGGCACAUCGGCAACUAGGCGUAGCUCAUCGUCCUCCGCCGAAAGGCCGACACCCCUUCUCCGCCGUGGUUCGGAUGCAUCAACGGCAACGGCGACACCGACAGCCUCAGAGGACAAUGAUGAUGACAACGACUCCGAACCCCAAUCAUCCAGGCGGCGGCCUGUCAAGCCUCAACCUAACAACAAACCGAAGCUGGGCGGCUUGCGGAAGAAAAAGCAGGCAACACCGUCACCGUCACCAACACCAACACCAUCGCCCGCGCCCUCUCCAGCGCAGGCCUCACGGCAACAGGGAGCACCAUCAGCACGAGGGAGCCGCAACUCUACAUCCGCACGAUCCAAGAACCAAGUCUCACCAACCCCCAAGGACAACAGCAACAACGCAGAUGAAACAACUUCCACAGCCUCUGAAUCCGACUUUGAAAUCGACGCAAGAGCCAGACCCGAACUUGACUCUAAACCACAACAGCCACGGAAAUCGAAACCUGAACCCGAACCCGAACCAGACGCGAAACCGAAGCCAAACCAAUCCCAAGAGUCAUCAGCAAAUACUCCCAGAAGACGACUCGGGAGGAUCGGCCGCAAACAGCCCGACCAACCCACCGACUUACAAACAAGUCCCACACCACGGUCCUCGAAAAAAGCGACCGAUAAAGCAACGUCUCGACAAGGCAACACUCAUGGAACUAGGACUCGAGACAGGCGCGGCAACGAAAAUGACGACUCGGACAGGACCGGGUCUGCCACUUCAACUCCGUCUCCGUCUCCCUCGCCUUCUCCUACUGCGUCGCAGGCCACAUCGAAGCCCAAAAUUGCUUCACAUCCCCGGAAAUCUCCGUCUAAUUCUGCUCCGUCGCGCAGUAAUGAAAAUGGGAAGCGGAGUCUAGAAUCGACAGAACCAGAACAUGAACCUGAACUCCAGAACGGGGGGCCCAAGAAGAAGACGCCGAGGGAGAUACGGAAAGAAAGAGAAAGACAGGAGACGGAAGACCAGAAAGCUGACAGGCGACGCAUGGAGCUUGAGCUUGCGCUUGCUGCACCAUCACCGGUCAAGAGAAGAAGGCGCUUCUGA